AUGACAACUGUGGUAGCAACCUCACAGCCACCUGGCAUGGACACUUCCAGCCGGAUCUUUGCCCAGGAUGACAAAUUCUGGGACAACUAUUCGCGCGGCCGACCCCAAGUCCCGGAUACCUUCUGGGACCGCAUCUGGGCCUUCCACGAGUCCAAAGGCGGCAAUUUCGAUACCGUCCACGACAUCGGUGCAGGGAACGGGCCUUAUGCCCAGCGACUACGCUCUCGCUUUGCUAAUGUCAUCGUGUCCGACAUCGUGGCCGAUAACAUCCGCCUCGCCCAGGACCGCCUCCGGGGCCAGGCCGGAUUCACCUUCCGCACCGCCGCGCUGGAGGACGCCGAAGACAUCUCCGCUGGCAGCAUGGACAUGGUCUUUGCGGCGAACGUGAUGCAUUUUGCCGAGCCGCAGCACGAUGCAAUGGAGACAAUCGCGCGCCAGCUGCGGCCCGGGGGCACGUUUGUGGCGUCGCUGUUUGGGCCCGCUCGCUUUCGCGAUGCACAGGUGCAGGAUCUGUGGGAGCGGCUCAGUUACCAGGGGGGCAGAGAGCUGCUCCGGGUGUCUGAGGAUCCGGACCAGGUGGUCAAGAUCAUGGCACGGACACAGGACCAAUACAAUGUCGCACCGCUUGACCGGGCGCUGUUUGGCGACGAAGUCCGCAUCCAUGUGAAUAUGAAGCAUGGAGGCAUUCAAGGUAUGUUGCCCCCAGAAUUCGCGCACUGGAAUCAGGAGCCGGAUUACGGCGCGGGUGACCAUGACUCGCACGAGGAGAUGGAGGGAUGGACCUUUGAAACGGAUCUGCAGGGGGUCACGGAGCAUUUUGGGUCUUUUCCGUUUAUCUCGCGGUUUUCGGACGCUUUGGCGGACUUGUUCCAGGAGUUGAACGAGUUGUUGGCUGGCGGAAAGACUGUUGAGGGCUAUUUUCCUGUCACCAUCAUUUUAGCCACUAGGAAAUAG